AUGGAAGGAAGUGGACCAUGUCUCCCCAAAGAGUUUUUGCAUGGACAAUGGCUUCAGGGGCAGGCGGUGCUGCUGCUCCUGUGGCUCCUGGGCUGUCCUGUCUGCCACAAAAGUCAGCUGGCAGCUGUGAAAACCGAAUAUAGCCUAGACUUUCAGCCACUCCAGCUCUCGAAGGCAGAAGGAGAAAAUGCCACUUUUGUCUGCAAUGUCUCCAAGAAAUUAACAACUCCCAUCUUGAACUGGUACAGAGAAAAGAAUGGCAGCCAGCCUGAGAAGUUAGCUGCCUACCCAAAAGACACACUCAGCUCUCACCUGCAAGACAGGUAUCACAUAGCCAUACGGCGCGAUAACCAGACCUACGAGAUGACGAUUGUGGGACUCCGGCUGAAUGACAGUGGGAGAUAUUUCUGUGGAACUAUCAAUUUCGAAAUGCCACCAGUGGAAGAAAGUGAUCGGGCAGAGCUCAGUGUGACAGAAAGAAUUGUGGUCUCAACAACGGUUCGUCCCAUCACCCCCUCAGCACCUCCAGAAAAAUUACCAUGGAUUGUCGUGGUGGUCCCUGCUGCUGUGGGUGCUGUGCUGCUGCUGCUGCUGCUCUGUUGUGUUCUGCUUGUGGUGGGAUCCCGAGGCCAAGGAGGGGCUGGUAAAGCUGAAAGUGACAAGGAUUCUCUGUCCCUGAAGAAGGCCGAGCCCUCCGUGACGUCGGUGUCCACUGUGGUCUACGGCCAGUUGGAUUUCCAGAGGACUGAGGUCCCCAAACAAGGGGGGGCCGGCUCGUGUGAACAGACGGAAUAUGCCACGAUCGUCUUCUCCACAGAGAAGCCUGCCUCCUACAGCAGCUCUCCUCAUAGGAAGUAA